GCUGCCGGGAAAUCAUCAUAACACGGGGAGGGAAAAAUUACGCUUUUCAUCGAUUUCCUCGUCAGUAAGAGAUGUUUACACUCACAAUGUCCGCGAAAACAGACGCAUCUGCUGUUACCAACUCGUGAGUGCUUCUUCAAAAGGUCCUAAGACAACGCUGAGAGGCCGAUCGCCCCCUGAACAAGUCUCACCUGUACACUUCUUGAACACUGAGCAGGUUAACCCAAAGACCAUGAGCACGCCCGUCAACGACCCCGAGAGCAUCCUGAGCUACCAGAGGCAAGAUGAGGAGGUGGUGGUGGACCAGGGAGGGACCAGCUCAGUAAAGAACAUCCAUUAUGAGAAGGAGGAACUAGAAGGCCACAGGGCUCUGUUUGUGGGGGUUCGGAUGCCCAGGCAGAGUCAUCGUCACCACAAGCCUCACGGCUCUCGCCACCGCAAGAGAGACAGAAGGGCAGGAAGCAUCGCAACUCAGCAAAGCGAGGAAAGUGAGACGGCUACUUCCAGUCAUGACACACCAUCCCAGCGCGUCCAGUUCAUUCUGGGCACAGAGGAGGAUGCUGAACAUGUGUCCCACGAGCUGUUCACUGAGCUGGAUGAGAUCUGUGUGAAGGAUGGCAAGGAUGCUGAGUGGAAGGAAACAGCCAGGUGGCUGAAGUUUGAAGAAGAUGUGGAGGAUGGAGGGGAGAGGUGGAGCAAGCCCUAUGUCGCAACUCUUUCCCUCCACAGCCUGUUUGAGCUCCGCAGCUGCAUCAUCAAUGGCAGCGUGUUGCUUGACAUGCACGCUGACAGCAUCGAAGAGAUUGCAGACAUGGUGCUGGACCACCAGGAGGCGUCCCAUGAACUGGACGACAGUGUGAGAUUAAAGGUGCGUGAGGCUCUGCUGAAGAGACACCACCACCAGAGCGACAAGAAGAAGAACCUGAUGCCCAUGGUGCGCUCCAUCGCUGAGGGAACCCGCAAACAGUCAGAAACCCAUCUGAUAGCAGGGUCAGCCACAUCUCCCCUGCCUCCGCCAUCUACAGAACCCGCCAAGAAUGGUGGCGCACAAGAAGGCACUCAAGUGGACCUCAGCAAAGUGGACAUGCACUUUAUGAAGAAGAUCCCAGAGGGUGCAGAGGCCUCCAAUGUAUUGGUGGGAGAACUGGACUUCCUGGAGAGGCCCAUUGUGGCCUUUGUCCGCCUCUCCCCGGCUGUGCUGCUCACCGGACUCACUGAGGUCCCCAUACCUACCAGGUUCCUCUUCAUUCUCCUCGGCCAAGAUGGAAAGGCUCAGCAAUACCACGAAAUCGGACGCUCCAUGGCGACCAUCAUGACAGAUGAAAUCUUCCAUGAUGUUGCCUACAAGGCAAAGGACAGAAGUGACCUGCUGGCUGGGAUAGAUGAGUUUCUAGACCAGGUGACGGUCCUACCACCAGGAGAGUGGGACCCCUCCAUCCGCAUUGAGCCCCCAAAGAGUGUCCCCUCCCAGGAGAAGAGAAAGAUGCCAGGAGUUCCUAAUGGCACAGCCUCUCAGGUAGAGGAAGAACUGCAUGCUGAGCACCACGGACCAGAGCUACAGAGAACUGGAAGGUUGUUUGGUGGUCUGAUACUGGACAUCAAGAGGAAAGCUCCGUUCUAUCUGAGUGACUUUAAGGACGGUCUGAGCCUCCAGUGUGUGGCCUCCUUCCUCUUUCUCUACUGUGCCUGCAUGUCUCCUGUCAUCACCUUUGGAGGACUGCUGGGGGAGGCAACAGAGGGACGCAUCAGUGCCAUAGAGUCCUUACUUGGUGCGUCUAUGACUGGAGUAGCCUACUCUGUGUUUGCUGGUCAGCCUCUCACCAUUCUGGGCAGCACGGGUCCUGUGCUGGUUUUUGAGAAAAUCCUCUUCAAGUUCUGCAAGGACUACGAGCUGUCCUAUCUGUCGCUGAGGACUUGCAUCGGCCUGUGGACGGCCGUGCUGUGUUUGAUACUGGUUGCCACUGAUGCGAGCUCUCUGGUGUGCUACAUCACUCGGUUCACAGAGGAGGCCUUUGCCGCCCUAAUCUGCCUCAUCUUCAUCUACGAAGCCUUGGAGAAGCUCUUCCACCUGGGAGAAGUCUACCCCUUCAAUGCCAAUAGCGAUCUAGACAAACUCACACUGGCGUACUGUAGGUGUUCAGAGCCUGAUAACCCCAGUAAUAAAACCUUAGAACUGUGGAGUGCGAGAAACAUCACAGCAGCUGCUGUGCCCUGGACCAACCUUACUGUCAAGGAGUGUAUCGGUCUGCAGGGCCACUUUGUUGGGACUGCAUGUGGCCAACAUGGCCCCUACACUCCAGAUGUUCUCUUCUGGUCCACCAUCUUGUUUUUCUCGACUUUCUUGAUGUCUGCGUUCCUGAAAGAAUUCAAGACAAGCCGUUAUUUCCCCACCAAGGUAAUCAACUUAUAUGAAAGCCUGAUAAGCAAAGGUGUCACCAGGCAUCCACAAACCUGACAUGCCACAUCAGUGCGAUCUAUGAUCAGUGACUUUGCAGUAUUCCUCACUAUUGCCAUCAUGGUUCUGCUUGAUUAUGUCAUUGGAGUGCCCUCCCAGAAGUUGAAGGUGCCCAGCAAAUUCCAGCCUACCAGAGACGACCGAGGUUGGUUGAUUAAUCCAAUAGGACGUAACCCAUGGUGGACAGUCCUGGCUGCAACUAUUCCUGCUCUUCUCUGCACCAUCCUCAUCUUCAUGGACCAACAGAUAACUGCCGUCAUCAUCAACCGCAAAGAGCACAAAUUGGUGAAGGGCUGUGGGUACCACCUGGACCUGCUCAUGGUCGGGGUGAUGCUGGCGGUGUGCUCCAUAAUGGGCUUGCCGUGGUUCGUAGCAGCCACGGUGCUGUCCAUAUCUCACGUCAACAGCCUGAAGCUGGAGUCAGAGAGCUCGGCUCCAGGAGAGCAGCCUCGCUUCCUGGGCAUCAGAGAGCAGAGGCUCACUGGCCUGGUCAUCUUCUUGCUCAUGGGCUGUUCUGUCUUCAUGACUGGAGCUCUGCAGUUCAUUCCUAUGCCAGUGCUGUAUGGCGUUUUCCUGUACAUGGGAGUCUCUUCAUUAAAAGGCAUACAGUUCUUUGACCGUCUUAAGUUGUUCGGCAUGCCGGCGAAGCACCAGCCAGACUUCAUCUACCUGCGUCACGUCCCCUUGAGGAAGGUGCACCUGUUCACUCUGACACAGCUCACCUGUCUGCUGCUGCUCUGGUUCAUUAAGACCUCACCUGCCGCCAUCGUCUUCCCAAUGAUGGUGCUGGCUCUAGUUUUUGUCCGCAAACUGCUGGACUGGUGUUUCUCCGAUCGAGAGCUAAGUUAUCUGGAUGACUUAAUGCCUGAGUGGAAGAAAAAAAACCUUGAUGAUGCCACCAAAUCAAUAGAAGAGGAAUCACAAAUUAUGCUCAGUACAAAGACGGAAGACACAACUGCUGUUCAGAUUCCCAUGGAGAGCAGCAAGCCCGUUCACACCCCCAAAGCACAUGACCCCAGGUUUGAAGGGAUUGCGUUCAUAGACGAGUAAAGGAUAUCUGCAGUAUUGACACACUGGUGCUCUGGGCCACAGGACGCUGCGAUUUGGCUGCUUUGACCGUCAGCCACUUCAGUGCUUAGAAAAAUGAAGGUCUUUCUACCAGCUAACCGCAACACAUAAUACUGUCCGCAAGCAUACAGACAAAAAGAGGGUAGUACACGCACAUAGAUUGACAUACACAUUCACUUUUAUCUUUGCGAGGACUAGAAAUAUUUUUUUAAGCGUAUUUAUCUGAAAUAAAAAUAAAAAAUUUCAACUCUGAUCCUUUGGCUAUAAACUAGCCGACC